AUGAAUGGCCGUGCAAUACCGCCUUCUAUACCUGAGGAUGGUGAAGUCUUGGAAUACAUUCAACACGGGGAAACAAACGGUUACCAUGAAAGGUUUCGGGAUGGGGACAGCGGAGAGGCUGAAGUCCCGGUGUCCAAGUCCCAGAGACGGAAGAGUGAUGUCAAAGUAUAUAAGGAGUUUUGCGAUUUUUAUGCACGCUUCAACAUGGCCAAUGCCCUAGCUAACGCCAUGUGUGAGCGCUGCAAGAGUGGCUUUGCUCCGGCGGAGAAAAUAGUCAACAGUAAUGGAGAACUUUACCACGAGCAGUGCUUUGUGUGCGCCCAGUGUUUCCAACAGUUUCCUGAGGGACUCUUCUAUGAGUUUGAAGACCGGAAAUACUGUGAACAUGACUUCCAGAUGCUCUUUGCACCUUGCUGCCACCAGUGUGGUGAGUUCAUCAUAGGCCGUGUUAUCAAGGCUAUGAAUAAUAGCUGGCAUCCCGAAUGCUUCUGCUGUGACAUCUGCCAAGCCGUGCUUGCCGAUGUUGGAUUUGUAAAGAAUGCUGGCAGGCACUUGUGUCGUCCCUGCCACAACAGAGAGAAAGCACGUGGACUUGGCAAGUACAUCUGUCAAAAGUGUCAUGCCAUCAUUGAAGAGCAGCCCCUUCUGUUUAAGAAUGACCCCUACCAUCCUGAUCACUUCAACUGUAACAACUGCGGUAAGGAGUUGACUGCUGAUGCCAGAGAGCUGAAGGGGGAGCUUUACUGUCUGCCCUGUCAUGACAAAAUGGGAGUCCCCAUUUGCGGGGCCUGCAGGAGACCCAUUGAGGGCCGUGUGGUCAAUGCAAUGGGAAAGCAGUGGCAUGUGGAGCAUUUUGUGUGUGCUAAGUGUGAGAAACCCUUCCUGGGACACCGCCACUACGAACGCAAGGGCCUGGCCUACUGUGAAACUCACUACAACCAGCUGUUUGGAGAUGUUUGCUACCACUGCAAUCGUGUUAUAGAAGGAGAUGUGGUGUCAGCCCUCAACAAGGCUUGGUGUGUCAACUGUUUUGCUUGCUCUACUUGCAACGCCAAACUCACCCUUAAGGAUAAAUUUGUGGAAGUGGAUCUGAAGCCAGUGUGUAAGCACUGCUAUGAACGUCUGCCGGACGACAUGAAACGGCGGCUGUCCAAGCGCGAACGCGACUCAAAGGAGAAAAAAAAGAAACCAUUGAUACCUAUGUGUCUGUGA